CCAGCAGACCGACCUGCUCUCUGUCAGCGGCAGGACGCGGCUCGGUGUCAGAGACCCGUCCGACCCGGCCGAGCAUGAAGGGAGUAAUGUUUAACCCCCCGCCUCGGAUCCGUGAAAACGCCCCCACGGGUGACUCGGCAGCGGAUCCGGUUCGCGUCAACACGUCCCUACUGAGCCCGACGACCUGCGAGGCUCCCUGCGAAACGACGUGGCCGCCGCCCGGAGCCAGGAUGCGGAUCUCCAAGGCCAACAAGGGCGCGGUGGUGGUGAGGGUGGUCCGGAGGCAUUCCUCCCCGCAGUCGGCCAGCCUGGAGAAGGUCUGGAGUCCGAGAGAGGAGAAACCCCGCAGCCCCGACAGGAAGAAGCCGCCGGAAGCUGCUAGAAACGGGGUUGAAGGGCAAGGCGGGGGGCCACCCCGCAGCCGGAAGAGCCGGUUCCGGGCCCCCGACGUGAGGACCAUCUUCUCCCCCGAAGAAAAGGACCCCAGAGUGAAGGAGGAGACCGGGGAGGGACACACCUUCCAGUCCGGAGGCGAGAACAACUGGUGCGAUGUGUGCUGCAAUUACAUCCUCCAACACGGACUCACCUGUGCAGGUUGUAAAUAUGCUUGUCAUGCUGAAUGUCGGGAGAAAGUGUCACUCGACUGCCAUCCUGCUGCGUCGCCUCUCAGUCAGGACCAUCUGAACAACAACAACACGCCGCUGCAUGAUGUGGAGAAGGAACGAGAAGUACGGACGGAGUUCAGCAGGGAAGAAAUCCAGCAGAAAAUUGACCAGUACAACUCUCUGACCAGAGACUACCUUAAAAUGACUCUGAACCCUACUGGUGUGUACACUGGUUUCGUCAAGGUCAUGAUGGAUCUGAGGCGGCCGGUGACGGUGCGUGGAGGUCAGAGGGCAGCGGGAGGAGCCACGAUGGGAGAAGCCUUCUAUCUACCGCGAGGAGUCAUCAACACUCUCCACAUCAGCUCCGAAAACACAGUCAAGCAGGUGAUCAUGGCGCUGCUGAACAAGUUCACGGUGGCAGACAACCCGGCCAAGUACGCGCUGUACAAGCGUUGCCGUAGAGACGAGCAGGUGUAUGUGUGCAAGCUGGCGGACGUUGAGAAGCCGCUGUUCCUUCGCCUGGUGGCCGGACCCGACCUCGACACGCUUAGCUUCGUUCUCAGAGAACAACAGACCGGAGAAGUUAUGUGGGACGCCUUCUCCAUCCCAGAGCUGCGAAACUUUCUCCGGAUACUUGACAAAGAGGAGCAGGAGCAGAAGGAAGCGAUCAUUCGCCGCUAUGAAGUCUGUCGCCAGAGACUGCAGGAGGCCAUGAUGGCGGUCGGAUCGCCUUCGUAGAGGAUUUACCCUCCAUCAAACCAAACGGAUGUCGUUUUUCUGUCGUUAAUCUCCUCAGAGGUGAACGUGUUGGUGGAGGGGCGGCUGUUAAUACGGAGGGAACCAGCACCUGGACGGAGGGAUGGUUUGGAUAAAAGACAAGAAGGACAAAUAAGAAAGUAAAUGAACUUUUAGACUUCCUUCACUCGCCAAAGAUCCAUUCAUGUGCCACAUUAUUUCCUCUCAACCAUCCUUCGUUGUUUUUUCUUCUGCUGUCACAUAAUUUAUCUUGAUUCCUUUUUGUUUCUUUCACUUUGUUUCAACUGGUGAAAGACUUGAGGUUGUAUUUUUUUUUAAUUUAAUGCCUUUGUCUUAAAGGUUUGUAAAUAUUAUUUCUUAAUUUAUAUGGGGAAAGCUUUAUCUUUUUUUCUCCUUUUUUUUGAAAAGCGAGUCUUAUUUUGUUUUGUUUCGAGGAAGAAACAAAUGUGUUUUUGACACAGACAGAGAAUAGUUUAUCAGGGCUUUUACUAGAUGAUGAGUGAAUUAGAUGCUUGCAAUUAAACAAAAACUCUGAGGAAAUAAGAAGGGUAAACUGGAUGUAGCUGGAAAAGGAGAAGUAUUUCUACAAAAAGUCGUUUUUCACAAAAAGUAUGGAGUCCCAGAUGUGCCAAACUCAAAAAUGUAUAUUUUUAUUUUACCUAAAGUAGUUUAUAUUAAAUGUCUUGAAAUGGUUUUAUGUUUUAUUAUUUUUCAAAAAAACAAAAAUCCAAGAUCAACAUUUUGAUAUAAAACUUUUGAAUUUUUUUUACAUUUAUUUUUUUAGUACAAUAUUAUGUUGAAGUCAUUUUUGUCUUUUUCUUUGAAUUUUGGCAUGAUGUUAGAGUCUGACCACUUUUUAAAAACAUUAAUUUCCAUAUAUAAUUUAGUUAGCUAUAAUAUUAAGAUAAGUCAUCACUAUUAAUGAUUAUUAAAUAUUUUGUUUUUGAAGAAAUCAUUGUUUUAUGUAGCGUAUUUCUUGGACAAAAAAUCUGAAAAGUUAUGGAAUAUAAAUAUGUUUUUCUCAGACGUUUAUCACUUUUUUGACUUCUAAUACUUACUGUUUAUAGUUUUAGAUUUUGAAAUAUUAAUAAUAUUACAGGUUUGCAUUUGGAGCCUCCUAAAAUGUAAUUGAGUCAGUUGUACUUAACAUUGGUUUUUGGCACAUUUUGGGCUCCAUAACCAGUUUGACGCUUCAUAAAGCAAAUGUAUGGAAGCACAUUGCUGCCUUUGCAAAGCAAAAUAUUUUUGUGUCAAUUGUGAGUGGUUAAGUCUUAAUUUAACGUUCAGAUUCCUAUUUUUGAUGUUCUGUCACAAAAUUAUGACAUCAAAUACGGUUAAGUGUUGGUUAUAAUCUUCAUUUUUAACCUUGUAAUUAUAGGAUAUAAAGUCGAAAUUGUGAGCUUUAGUCAUAAUACUGAGUUUUACAGCUGGAAACUCAUAAUUAUGACAUAAUUGAGGUUCUUUUUUAUUAUUUCAAGUUGUACGCUUUACUGACAGUAAGCACGCCAUUUUAUUUUCUUUGCACUGGCAGGAAUGGGCCUCCAAACUGGUACAGCUCAAUCUAAGCACUGGGUACUGAAUUGAAACAUAUUUUAGCAGAAAAUGUCAUAUUCUUGUCAAGUUAGAUUUAGUAGAAAUAUUUGUUAAGUUCAGUGACAGUAGGCGAAUCUAGUUUGUGGAGAAAAAAGUGAUGAGAUGCAAAUAGUUUCUGGAAGUCGACUGAGUGAGUUUGAGGAAGUAGGAAUGAAAUAUGAGAUGUUUACAAGGAAGAUUGUGUUAAAUGUCAAGUUGAAAUGUCCAGCUCUGACCUCCUUUUAUCAAGCUGAGAUAAUCCAGAGGGAAACAGGAAGUGAGAACAGGAAAGCAAAUCCUAAGAAAAAGAAGGUGCAAAAAGUUUCACUGAAAUGUUUUAUUGUAAGAAUGAUCCACUUUUGGGAGCUUUUUGUUUGAAUUUGUUUUUAAAAAACACAAUCAGUCUUUAAAGGAGUAUUAAGACAAUCAAUAAGGAUUUGUGAUGGCUGAUGUUUUUUCUCUGCUGACGCUGAAUGACGUCAUGCUGAUAGUGCUGCAGGGACUGCUGUACAAUGACGCCCUCUGGCGGUCAUUUACUGCAGCUAUUUUCUUAAAUCUGUGUCAAAUAUGCAUUGCUCGUCUGAUAGAUUUAUUCUUUCUGCUGUUUUUUUGUCUUUUUUUGUUAUAACCAAAGAUAUUUUUGUCUUGUUGCCAGGAGCAAAAUGAUACCAGAGGCCUCUUCCCAAUUCAGGGAACAAUUUAUAACAUUUAGAGUUUUAUUUAAAGGGUAAAUUAACCCUGAUUUAUUCUUAUAUCAAACACUGGGUUUAGUUUAUGGAAGGAAAAAGGGGCUUUGAGAAUUUGAAUCUUUUAUGUCCCAGAAUAAUUGUGAAAAUUAGUCAGAGAAAUGGUUGUUUUUACAAGUUAAAACAUCGACUUGAAUGGAUUUGAAUUCAAAAUAAGUGAUUUUAACAAAAUUAAAACAUCUAUAAAUGCUUAAAUUGGUCAUUUUUCUAACUAGCAGUUUUAAAAGACAAAUCGGUUCUAAUAUACAAUUUCUUGUCAAGACAAAGUGGUAUUUUUCCCCCUUUAUUGCCUCCAUAUUCUUUGAUUGAAAAUGAUGUGAAAGUCUGCAUGGAAUAAAAAAAUUAAAGCCUUA